AUGGCGCUCGCGCGGUGGACGCGCGCGCCGGGGAGCGCGAUGGGAGGGAUGCACAGUCAGCGCGCGCGACGCGCCCGCGGACGCGCGCGCGCGACGCCGACGCCUCGGUGCGUCGACCGCGCGCGCGCGCGCUUUGAUCGCGUGCGCACGCGCGCGCGCGCGCGAGGGCGGGUCGGCGGCGACGUCGCGGCGCGGUCGCGGUCGACGCGCGAGAGCGAGGCGGAGAGCUCGUUCUUCGUCGACGAGGCGCGGGCGGCGACGAUGGGCGAGCGCGCGAAAAGGGCGUGCGAGACGCUCACGCAUCAGUUUCCGGUGUUCGUCGCGUUGGGGGCGGUGGUCGGGUUCGCGAUGCCGGGGGCGGUGAGUUGGUUUCGAGGCGACGCGGUGACGCGCGCGCUGGCGCUGACGAUGCUCGGGAUGGGGAUCACGCUCGACGUGAAGGACUUUGAGAACGUGCUGAAACAGCCGUGGAAGAUCGGUAUGGGGGUGGCGUUGCAGUACACGGUGAUGCCGACGCUGGCGUUCGUGGUUGGAAAGGUGCUGUUGAGCAAUUCUUCGCUCGCCGCCGGGCUCGUGCUCGUCGGGUGCUGCCCGGGCGGGACGGCGUCUAACGUCGUGACGUACAUCGCGCGGGCGAGCGUUCCGCUGAGCGUGACUUUGACCACGGUGAGCACGUUCAUGGCGGCGGUGAUGACGCCGACGCUGACGAAGCACCUCGCGGGGAAGAUGAUACCCGUCGACGUCGCGGGAUUGUUCACGAGCACGCUGCAAGUCGUCCUUCUUCCCGUCCUUGCCGGAGUGAUGCUCAAACGUUUCGCGCCCAAGGUGAGUGAUGCGAUCUCGCCGUACGCCCCGCUCGCGGCCGUGCUCACGGUGGCGCUCAUUUGCUCGUCCAUCAUCGGCCGCACGUCGACGCAAAUUCUCGCGGCGGGUCCGUCGCUCAUCGUCGCCGUCAUCUGCCUCCACACCAUGGGAUUCUUUUCGGGGUACGUCCUCUCGCGCGGCGCGGGUUUCUCCGAGAAGACGUCACGCACGAUGAGCAUCGAAGUUGGCAUGCAGAACUCAGCCUUGGGGGUCGUCCUGGCCUCGGCGCAUUUCGCCGACCCGCUCGUCGCCGUGCCGUGCGCCAUCUCCGCCACGGUGCACUCCGUGAUCGGUAGCAUGUUAGCAGCCUUCUGGAGAUACAUGGACGACACCAAAGUGGAACGCGAAAGUCGUUCGAAGGAGGCGUGGCGCAACGAUCCGAAUUACACCGCAUAUAACGACACGUUCAAGGCGGUGACGGGGUUGACGAACAUUUCAAGUUGA